AUGGAUCUCACCGACUCCGACAUCGGUAGAAAGCAUAACAUUCCAAUGCGUUUCCUGGCCAUUGCAUCUCUCCUAUUCGGCCUCUGUGCCGCCGAGUACGACACCUGGCCGUACCAGACCUUCAAGUCCAGUUCCCUCGAACCCCCCAACCUCAAAACCACCAAGUCCGGUCCAACCAGCCCUGGCUAUCUCUUCUUCGACCAGUCAUGGUCCGCUCACCAGUACGGCGUGUUUAUCAUGUCCGAUGACAACGAGCUCGUCUGGCAGAGCCCCCGCGGCGACCUCCACGACUUCCGCAUGCAGACGCUCGACGGCAAACCCGUGUUGACGUUCUGGAACGGACUGGGUGUUCCUGAACCCUUUGGCUGGGGCUACGGCCUUAUCCAAAUCCUGGACCAGAACUACGAAAGCAUCUACAAUGUGACCGUCACCGAUGACAACUACCAGGCGCUGGGCUCCAUCAACAGCACCGGCUUCUACUCGUGGCUCGACAUGCACGAAGGCACCAUCACUGCUGACGGCACCAUGCUAGCCACCGGGUACAACGUCACCCGUGCGGAUCUCAGCGCCGUCGACCACAUAGACGAGAUCACCCUGGAGGCUGUGCAGGAGUUCUAUCCCAUCAAGGACUGGAGGAAGAACUAUAGCGCACCCUACGGAUACUUCCAUAUCAACUCGGUCGACAAGUUCGCCGACGGCUCAUACCUGAUCUCAUCUCGUUACUACUCCUCUCUGUUCCGCAUCGCCACGGACGGCUCCGUCGACUGGACUCUCCAGGGCAAAAACGGCGGCGACUUCACCCUUGCCCCCAAUCUCCACUUCACGUACCAGCACGAUGCGCGCAUCCAGCGCGAAGCCAACGACCACAUUCUAAUCAGCAUCUUCGACAACGACAACUCCGACGUGCACAACGGCACGCACCACACAGAGGGUCUCUACCUCGACGUGAACACGCGCAGUCGGGAAGUCCGCGCCGUACGCCAGCUCGCCGACCCCAACGACGAGAUCUACUCCACCUCCCAGGGCAACCUGCAGCACCUGCCCAACGGCCACAGCAUCAUGGGCUACGGCUCGAACCCAAAGAUCAAGGAGUACAGCGCCAACGGCACCUGCGUGCUGACCGCGCAGUUCGGGCCCGAUGAUGUUGUUUCCUCAUACCGCGGGUAUCGCUUCCCGUGGGUGGGUACGCCGGGUACUCCUCCGGAUGUGGUUGCUUGUCUUGAUCGGGUUCAAAAUCAGACGAAUGUGUAUAUGAGCUGGAAUGGGGCGACGGAGCAUCGGGUGUGGAAGGUGUUUGGUGGUGCGCAUCGUGAUGCCCUGAGACCUGUUGCUGAGGCGCGGAAGACGGGCUUCGAGACGCUGGCUGUGGCUAAAGGGGCGUUGGAGUUUGUGCAGGUUGAGGCGCAGGGUAUGGGUAUCAGUCCUGGUGUUUCCAGGGUUGUGUCUGUGGAGAGGCAGUGUUAG